AUGGACGCGGCCCUGAAAGGCAGCCUGUCGACGACGGCACCAGACCCGUUCGUCGUCAUGACCCUCCCCGGCGUCAGCGUCGCCGCCGACGACUGCCGAAGGGUAGGCCUCUUGAAGGGCGAGCUGAUGCGGAGCACGGCGAGCGACGGCUCCGGCUGCUGCCGCUCGACAAAGCUUCAAAACACGCAGGAGCCGCUGUGGCCGUCGCUCUGCUGCGACUUCCCGACCGACCGCGGCCCGAUCCAGAUCACGGUCUGGGACGACGACAUCCUCACCGACGAGCUCAUCGGCGAGGCGCAGCUCGAGCCGCCCUCCGAGUUUGCCUUCUCUGGCCACUCGUCUGCCGGCCUCGCCUCGGCCGACGUCUCCUCCUCCGCCAGCGUGCAGCUCUCGGGAGGCAGCGGCCUGCCGCGGAUGGACCAGUUCAGCGCGAGCGAUUGGGUGGUGCAGACGCGGUUCGGGCAUGAGCCGUCCACCUACCGUGCGCGCUCUUUCCGCUGCGACGCCUCCCUCGUCGACGCGGCGAUCAGCAGCGUGGACGAGUCGAUCAGCAACUUAGAGGGCGCCGUCACGCAGCUGGCUCAGCUCUCCGACGGCGCCGCCUCCUCCUACUGGCCCCACUGCUGCCGCACCUUUUACGGCGUCUUCGCCGCGCCGCACUCGCUCCUCUCCUUCGAGGUCUACGACAGCGACCCCUUCUCGGACCAGCUCUGCUGCAGCGGCACCGUCCCCUUCCUCGAGGCGCUCGGCUCGGGCCCCUUCACCGUCCGCCUCUCCGGUGGCGACUCGCGCUACCUCGACGCCGUGCUGCGCUUCGCCAACCCGCCCUCCCCGCCGCCGCCCGCGCUGCCGCCCAGCCCGCCCCGCCCGCCGCCUCUCCCGCCGGCGCGCCCAGGCUCCGGCGCGUGCGCCGAGUGGCGCCGCCCCGCGACCGGCGGAGGCGAGUCCUCCCCGCGCGCCCCUCCGCGCGGCUGCUUCCUCGCCGGCCCGCCCGAGUGGGGCAGCCGGCCCGAGUGCCUCGUCGGCCCCUUCUUCGAGCUGGUCGGCGGCAGGGACGUCCUCUCGCUCCCGGACGUGCACAUGCUCCCCGCGCAGCCGGGCGGCUGGCUGUACGAGAUCGCGGCGCCCCUCUCGGGCUCCGUGCGCGUGCAGGGGCUCAACGUGAUCCGGGUCCAGUCGCUGACGCUGACGCGGAUCCGGUGCGCCUACCUCGAGCGAGAGCCGCUCGACUUGUCCACCUCGCUCCACUGGGCAGACUGGCUGACCGGCGCGGGCGCACGCGAGGCAGCGGGGGAGGCGCGGGGCUGGGGCGCCGACUCGCUGCGCGUCGGCCUCCACGUGCGCGAGAUGACCUGCACCGCCUCGCUCUCGGUGCGGCAGCCAGAGGGUCAGUUCACCGACCUGCUGAGCGACGCUGCGGUCAGCCUCAGCCUCACCGACUUGCGGGUCGCGUCCGAGGUCUCGGCCGGCUUCGAGGCGAAGAACGGGACGGUGCUCCUGCGGCAAGGGUUCGGCGACCCGGGCUGCAAGCCGCGCACGGCGUGCAGCUGCGGGCUGCUCGACGCCGCCUGCCCGUUUGCUGCCGUGUCGAUCGGCGGGCUCGAGGCGCGCAUCUACGACUCUGCGAAGCCUGACGCGCGCAUCUACGACUCUGCGAAGCCUUCGCGCGUGCUCAACGAGCUCGUGCGGGUGAUGGCGCCGCUGCUGCAGCGGCAGCUCGUCGCGUCCGCCGUCUCCUUGCCGCUGCCCCGCCGCGUGCCCCUCUCGCGGCCGCCGCCGCGCCACGCCGCAGGCGGCGCCACGCCUCUCUGCGUGUCGCGGCGAGGCCCUCUCUCGCCCCGCCCGUUCCGCCUCUUCAACCUGCUGCGCAGGAUCGGCGCGUCCGCCCCCGCAACCGCCUCGCGACCGGCCGCCGCAGUGCUGCGGUGCGACGGGCCGGCGCUCGCCGCGACGGUCGGGGCGUUCUUUGGCGACAGCCCGCUCUCCGCGUCGGGCGAGUUUCUCGCCGUGGACGGCGCGCCGCGCACCGAGGCGGGGGCGCUGCGCCUCGAGCUCUCCGCACUCGACGUGACUGUCGGCGCGCAGUCGCUGCUCUCCGUCGGGCUCGGCUCCGAGCUCUCCGCCUUUCUCCACUUUGACUACGUCGAGGUGCGCGCCGGCAUCGACGUGGUCUGGCUCCCUGCCGCCACGCCGCUGCGCGGCAUGCCUGGCACAGAGGGCAUGCCUGGCACAGAGGGCGCGCUCGACGCGUCGCGGGCCGUGCGGGAGCGGCUCGAGCUGGUGAUGGUCGGCCGUAGCGUCUCUCUGAGCGCGCAGACGUCGCACUUGAGCAUGGAGGGCGGCGCCUCGGUGCUGGCGUGCGCCCUCUUCCGGCUCGGGCUGCAGCAGCUCGAGCUGGACGGGGAUCUCGCCGUCGAGGCGCGCUCUCUCGGCGGCGGGUGGGCAGACGACGUGUCUCGCGCCUUCAACGAGCUGGCUGACCUCUACCUGCGCGGCUUCAGCGGCGAGGCGGUGAGCGGCUCCGUGCUGCCGCAGCUCGUCCGCAGCGCGCUCCUCUCCACGGAGCGGUGCGCCUCCGCCCGGCCGUGCGCCGCGCCACCAGAGGCUGCCGAGGGAGGCGGCCAGGAUGGGGCGGAGGAGGCGGAUGCGGCGCCGCCGCUUGGCUCGUGGAUGCAGGGGUUUGGGAUGGGGCGCAUCUUUGGGUGGGUGGUGCGCGGCGCUGUGGCCGCAGCGGGCGUGAGCGGGGUGCCGCCCAUCGUGCUCAGCAGCACAGACGGCUCCGCCUGCCGGCUUGAGCCGUCGGGCGCCUUACGCGACGGAGCAAGCUGGACCUUGGAGGAGGGCAGCACGGCGCGCUUCAGCCUCCUCCCGAACAAUGCUUCGGCUCCGGCGCUGGUGCUGACCGCUGUGGCGAUGGAGACGCGCUUGGGCGAGGCGCGCCUGGAGGCAGGGCGAGAGGACACGCUGCUGUUCGCGCUCGACCGCGCCGAAGCCAGCGCGACCGUCCAGCUCGAGCUACCUCGCCCCGGGCCUCGCAGCGGCGACCCGCGCGCCGAGCCGAACGCGUCCGCCUCAAUCACGACCUCGGCGCGCCUGCGCCUUCGCGACGUGCGCGCCGCCGUGCCAGUCCGCUUCAAGGGCGCCUCGCAGACCCGCGCGGCUCGGCCGUGGAUGUUUAGCCUCUCCGAGCUGAUCGGCGGCGCCGCGUGCGUUCACGUGCGGGCCACGGGCGAGCCCACCUUCAGCGCGACCGUCGAGGCGCUCGUGGUGCGCGAGGGCAGCGCGGCGGAGGACGUCGCACUCGAGGAGCCCAUCCCACUCGAGCUUCUGCCAGCGUGGCGGCCAUGGCUGGCCGACACCAUCAACGAGGCGGCAAAGGCGGCCGAGGCGACGGCCGGGAGCUGCCCGGACGCCUCCUUCCCCGCAGAUCUCCUCAUGGCGACCCCUCUGUGGGCAGUCGUCGUGCUGCUGCUUUUGACCGGCGGUGCCGCCGCCGCCGCGUGCGCGCUGAGGCUCCGGCGAGCCCUCUGUACUAGGCCACCGCCACGCGAAGGGUUUGUGCGCAUGCUCGGCGAGUGA